AUAUAUAUAUAAUUGUUAUUUAAUAGAAGCAUUUAAUAAAAGAAAAUCUUAAUAAAAGCAUUAAGAUAUAAUAAUUCAUAUAUAUUAAAAUUUGUAAAAGUACCACUGCAUUAGACGGCACUGAAUACUGUUAGAGUGGGUAACAAGUGGCUGUUCUGUUCUCAAUCGCUCCGCGGAACACAAAUUGUUCAGUGAAUAGGGAUUCUUUAAACAUGUGUUUAAAGACGAUUUAAUCAGAAGAGAAUGUUUUGUUCAUACUUAUAUUGUUCUUAAAUUAAAGAAAACACAAAGAAAGAAACAAUUAUAAAAGUAACAGAUUGGUUACGUGGAAUUUGGGAAAUGAGACGUCAAACUGGUCCUGUCCAACAAUGGUUAGAUUCAAUACCAUCACCUAUAAAAUCUAAUUUUUCAAUAAAAAAUGAAAACCAACGAGAAUCAAAUAAAAAAUCUAAUGUUUCAUUAAUACCAAGUGAGCCUAAGGAUAUUCCAUAUCCUACAGGAACAAAACAAUUAACCAUGACUAAAUCUGCACCUAUCAAUGUUCCUAAUACAUCAAUUAAUACAACAAGAUUACCUAGUUCAUUGCCUCAUAAAUUGGUUCGAGAUCCAAGUCUACAAUCUGACAGCAGUCACUGUAGUAGUGUGGAAAGUUUAUUAGAAUUAAGAAAAGCAGAUCCAGAAGCAAUUUUACUUGGUCUUGGAUUUGGUGGUUGUUCAAAUAGUCCACAAGAAAAUGGUUCCUUUUCUCGCAUACCAAAAAGAUUUUUACAGCCAUCAAAGUUAAAAGGCAUAGCUAUUAAUGAUUUUAUGAAGCAGCAACAAGAAACUAGUGAAUCUUUUGAUUCAGUAUCUUUAGGAUAUAGAGGUUUGACAGGUUCACCGUACGUAGCACCAUCAGAAAUCGUACAGAAAAUUAUGCAACGUUUACGAGAACACGAAAGUCACGAACAUGAUCCAUAUGCAAUGUACAAUUCGUACGAACAAUAUAGCCCAUUGCAUUGUGGUGGUACACUUUCUGUACUGUCCCCUGACAGUAGACAAUUUUUGGAACAACCACGUUCUAAAAGUCCAGACAUGCGUAACAAACGUAUGAUCAUAGGACAAAAAUCAUUUGCAUUUGGGCAUGAUGGUGAUUUAAUUGAAAUUGAUUCUUCUAAUCCAAAAAGAUCAUUUGAAGAUAUUCUAGACAGUGACACUAAUGUUAUGGAGAGUUUAGAAGCAAAACCUAAUGAUUUAACAACUAAUGAUAUUAAAGUAUUUAAACAAACGACUAUUCAGAAAAUAGAAAAAAUAUUACCAAAAAGCUUAUAUUUUAAUGACGAUAAAGAAUUUAAUAAUACUGACUUUAAUUUAUUGACGAAAGCGUUCAAAGAAAAUUUAAAUGAAAAAAAUUUAGAUAAAAAUAUUGAUUGCAAAGACGAUAUUUCUUUAAACACAAUUUCACAUAAUAUAUUUGAUAUUCGAAGAGCUAGUGAUGGAUUUUGUAACAUGAAAGAUGGAAAGAUUUUAUCCGAGAUAAAUAAACGAAGACAUAGCGACAGUUUUAUGCAAACUUCUAAGCAUAAUGAUGAUAGUAUAGCUCGAAGAAGAAAAACUUUGAAGCGACAGACUAGAAUAAAUGAUAUAGAUGACAUAAACUAUUAUGAUUUAAAUAUUUGUGAAUCUGAUACAGCACAAUGCAAAGAAUUUGAAUGUAACUUGAAUGACGAUGACAAGCAAAAAAGCAUUUCUACGAAAUUAAUUCAGAAUGAUGAUAAAAAGAUAGAAUUAAAAAGUGGAACCAGAAAUUACGACAUAAUUAAAUACUCACAAACAUUUCUCGAAGAAACAUAUAAUUGUAUAGAAUCAACUAAUUCAAGUAAAGAAAAACAAGGAAAUAAUAGUGAAUAUUGUAUUGAGGAAUCUCAGUCCAUAGAACAAAUAUGCGUGAAUAAAGAUGAAAAUACAACUUGUUGUUGUCAUUCUGGUACUAAAAAGUAUUGGAAGAAAAUGGAAAAAAUUAUACAAGAAAAUAAAAACUUAGAAAAUAUGGUAACAAAAAGUAGAAGAGAAAUGGCAGAAAUUCGAGAAAUGCUGAGUAGCGUGUUAUCUGUACGAUUAGAACCUGGUUUUUAACUACAGUUAAACACAAAUAAAAAUAUAUUGCUCCAUAUAAUAUUAGAAUAUUCGAAAUAAAUUUCGACAAUAUAUUUUCAAAAUUAUUUCGCAUAUUAAUAGUAUUUUUGAAUGUAUCUUUAAAACAUUUUACACUUAAGAAAAGUGUAAUUCACAAAAUUAUCACAAAAGCUCAUAAUAAGCUCAUAAAAAUUGCAAUGCAGUAAGAAUUUUUACUUAUAAUAAUUAUAUCUCUGUUUGUUUUUAAUUUUAAAUAAAGAUGUA